AUGAGGUUUAUUUUUUUUCUUAUAUUUUUAAUUUUAAAUAAGUCUCAACUAAUUAUAAGUAAUAAGGUUACUUUUUCUGUUGUAGUAUAUGGACCUAAUAUUACACAAGAUGAAAAUAAUUUCCAUGUACUAGAUAAAAAUCUUGAAUUUGAUGGUUUAGAAAAAUUUAAAACAAGUGAAACUAAAUUUGAAAACGUUGUUUUUAAAAAUCCAAAAAUUUUUAUCAUUGAUUGGGAAGAAGUGCAAAGAAUGACAAAUAAUCCAAAUUACAUGUAUGGUUUUCAAAUAAGAGGAAAAGAAUUAAAUUCAUUCCAUGUUACUUUUACUGCCAGUUUUUUUAGGGGUCUUACAUUCAAUGGUUUAGAAAACGAAGUUAUGACUUGCGAUGUUAGUCAAUGUGAUAUUGGUUAUGUCUUUUUUGAUAAAAAAUUAAAUUAUGUACAAUUAAUUGAAAAAGGAAAUAUAUAUACAGUUGAGUAUGCCGUAUUAGUUCUUGUUAAAUCAUUAAGCAAUAGAAUAGUUUUACAAGAAGUAAAUUAUCAUAAGAUGAACAUAAAUAUUGGUUUAUGUCCUUACAUUAACUGGGUAUCAAAAAAAGGACUAUUAAAAUUUAUACCAGAAGAUCAUAUAAAAGAUAAUGGAUAUUUUGAAUCAUCUAAUGGAAAUGCUCACAUUCUUAUUCCUUUUUUUAAAAAAUCUUUAGAUUCAAACUUUUUCUCUUGUGGUAAAUUAAAACAACCAACUUUAAAUGAUAUAUCUAUUGGAUAUAAUUUAAAAAAUAUUGAAAGUGAAAGAAAUUUUGAAAAAGAAAUUUACCCUUUGGGCGAUGAUAUAGUAUGUGGUAAUCAUUAUGAUCAAGAACGAUAUUAUUUUUUUGCCUACUCAGAAAAUUAUACAAAUUAUAUGGGUGAAAGAAGAAUGGAUAAAAUUGAUAUUUCUUUUGAUAAAAAUUAUAAAAUAUAUGCUGGUCAAUCAAUUUACAUAUAUCCUAGAUACCCAAUUGACAAUUUUUUUCAAAAUAAUGUUAUUAAUAAAAGAUUAGGUGAAAAUUGGUAUGUGGAGGAACCAAGAUGUAUAGUAAAAUUAAAAACCAAUAUAGAAGCUACGAUUAUACCCACAAUAGAAUCCUUAAGUUUAAUAAAUUAUAAUCCAAAUAUGAAAAUAUUUUAUCAAAUUAUUCAAAAGGACAACUUAAAUAAAAAGUAUAAUAUUAAAUGUUUCGCAAAAGUUGAAGGCGAAAUGAAAGAUCAUCUUGAUGAAUUUUAUUCUAGAGCUGCUGAAUUUACUGUAAUAAAUCUUAACAAUAAAAAUAACGUUUAUAAAUAUACAUCAAAUGAAAUUAUUUUUUAUGGUAAUAAAAUGGAUAAUUUUGGAGCAUACAUUUGUAAAGAUUUUAACUUUACACACAUUUAUGAUAAAAAUAUUAUAACUCUUACAAAGAGUUAUUUUAUUCCAGAAAACAAAACUGAGAUAAUUUUUCAUGAACUUAUAGUAGAAAAAAAUAAACAUACAAAUAAAUACAAAAUAUGUCAACAAUCAUAUGGAUUAUUUUCUAAUAUAACAAAAGUUAAAAUAAAUAUUUUGGAAAAUGAUACAUUAAUUAUAGAUGUUGAUGAUUUCUCUACUUUACAAAAUCAAAUUGAAAUUAAAGAUAAUGAAGUUUUUUACAACAAUUCACGUAAUAUAUCUGGUAUUAGUAUUUUGUGUACUUAUAAAACAAUUUUUCAAACAACUUUUAAUGUAAAACAAAAUGUAAAAUUUUUAAAAAAACAGUCAAUAAAGUACAAAACUAAAGUUGUAAAAGAUUCUAAUAAUUCAAAAACUAUCGUUGAUACAACAUCAAAUUCAAUGUUAUGGAUAAUAGCAUUUGUUUUAAUUGUUAUAUUUUUCUGUACAGUAAUUGUUAUUAUUGUAGUAGUAAUGAAAAAAAGAAAAAAAAGAAAAUCAAAGGCAAAAAAAGGUAUAAAAAAAUCAGAUCUUUCCUUUUCGGAUUCUCUUUCAUCAACAUCAAGUUCAACUUCAAGUUCAAUUUUAUCUCAAUCAAAUGAUUUUAACAAGAAAUUUUUAAAUAAAAAAGGAAAAAAAAUUUCUAAUGGAAAAAUUACUUCUAAAAUAUCAGAUUUAUCAACUACUACAGAAAGUGCCUCAUCAAGUGUAUCAUCAGGUAUUGAUAAAAAAAAAGGAAGAAACUAUUUUUCUAAUGAUAAUAAAUUUAGAAUUACAGCCAAGUAG